AUGGCGAGCGACAACAAAUCAGCUUAUGUCGAACUUGGCCACUAUGGCUCAAAAAACUCACCACCGGCAUCGACGACAGAGUUGCUACGCAAGGAAGGAGAAGAACAAGCCAGAGUGCCCGAUAGCCCCCAAGAUGAAGCAGAGUAUCCAUCCAUCUGGAAACUCAUUCCUGUCAUGAUCGGGCUUUGUUGUGCUGUUUUCUGUAUGGCCCUUGACAACACAAUCGUCGCGACUGCAAUUCCAAAAAUUACCGCCGAAUUCAAUUCGCUUGAUGACAUGGGCUGGUAUGGUAGCGCUUACAUGUUGACUACAUGUGCGGUAACCCUCAUUUUCGGAAAGCUUUACUCCUACUAUUCAACCAAAUGGACCUUCAUGACGGCCUUGACCUUGUUCGAACUGGGAUCCCUUGUCUGCGGCGUUACCCCAACCUCGACGGGUUUGAUUAUUGGGAGAGCUCUAGCGGGUGUAGGAGCUGGAGGCCUUCUUUCGGGCUCCAUUCUUGUCAUUGCAACCCUUGUACCUUUGCGAAAGCGUGCGAUCUUUACCGGGGGUAUUGGAGCCAUAUUUGGAAUUUCCAGCGUGGCUGGUCCGUUGUUAGGAGGUGCUUUAACAGAUCAUGCAACCUGGAGGUGGUGUUUCUACAUUAACCUCCCAUUGGGAGCGGUCACAGCUGUGGUGAUUGCAUUUUUCUUCAAGGAUAAACCACCCCAGAAGCAACUCACAAGCCGCGAGAAACUACAGAGUCUGGAUUUGAUUGGCACCGCCAUUUUCUUACCCACUAUCGUUUGUCUCCUUCUCGCUUUGCAAUGGGGAGGUCAAAAAUACCCCUGGGCAAAUCCGCGGAUUAUCGUGUUAUUUGUGCUAUUUGGGUUGGGUCUUUGUUUCUGGAUGUACGUUCAGCAUGUUAGACAGGAUCUAGCGACAGUACCCCCUCGAAUCAUCAAGAAUCGCAACGUGUGGGGUGCAUUGGCCUAUAGCACUUGCCUCGGCGGCGCGUUCUUCGUCUCGGUCUACUAUCUUCCCCUUUGGUUCCAGGCAAUUAAAGGGGCCAGUGCUACUAAGUCUGGCGUGAUGAACCUCCCGUUGAUUCUAGGAGUCACUAUCUUUACAAUGGUUUCGGCCGUACUCGUAACGGUUUCUGGAUACUACAAUCCUUUCGUGCUGGCUGCGACGGUAAUCUUCAGCGUCGGCAAUGGCCUCCUCACAACCUUGGAGCCUAGUUCUGGCCCUGCGAAGUGGAUAGGCUACCAAGCUAUGACUGGUAUUGGAGCAGGCAUGGGGAUGCAGCUGCCAACGAUUGUUGUGCAGGCGGCAGUUCAGGAAGCCGAUGUCCCCGUUGCGACUACAUUAGUCGCGUUUACCCAAACUCUCUCGGGUGCUGUUUUUAUUUCCAUUGCCCAAAAUGUCUUCCAGAAUCGUCUGGUUGCAAAUGUUCAGAAAUUCGCUCCGAUGCUUGACCCAGCAGCGGUUGUCAAGGCGGGAGCAACAAAGUUACGGGAAACUUUCCCUGACCACAUCCAUGUCGUUCUACAAGCGUACAACAAUGCUGUCACCCAGUCGUUCUACAUCGCAGUCGCAAUGAGUGCUCUUUCAAUAGUUGGGGCAUUGUCUCUCCAGUGGAUUUCGGUUAAAAAGAAGAAGUUGACGGCAGCCCUGUGA